GUCACCAACGUGCCCUUUGACGUUGCAACCGUCGACGUCGACACCCAGGGACGCCCCCCGACUUUACACUCCCUCAUGUCGUCAUGCUACCGUCAUAUUUAGGUACCUUCAUCCUCAGCCAUAGCACUCAACUAAUUACGAGCGGCCUAGUCUUUAGAGGCUCACUUGCGGGCAUGAUGCUGGUGCGCACGCCACCCGGGAUAGCGCCGACCACGUUAAGCGUGUGUCGUCGUGGGAUGUAUAGCUUACCAAGAGCGCUGGCAUGGAGCGGCUCGACUGGGCUCGCUCGAGCCGGAGCCGCUGGAGCCACGCCUCUGGGGAAGAUACCCGGACUCCGCGCUCACUUCCCAACCUCUCGAGCCUGGCAAUUCAAUAACCCACAGCUCCCGCUGCACACCUGCGCGGCGGCCGCGAGCGCCGCAGCGCCCUGGCCUGGCGGCGACGCUGGUGACAGCAGCAGCGGCAGCGAUGGCAGCGGCGCUGCCUGCGACGCCCCGCCACACGGCUCUGUGAGCGCAGAUGUUGCGGCGGCGCAGCAGCGAACCGCCGAGCAGCGGCACAAGGACGAGUUGCACACACUCAACGUCGCCAUCUGUGUGAACGUGCUGAUCUUCGGCGCCAAGCUGUGGGUGCACUGCAUCAGCGGCUCCAGCGCCCUGCUGGCAGAGGCCAUGCACAGCGUGGCGGACGUGCUCAACCAGAUGCUGCUGCGUAUCGGGCUGAUGAAGGCGCGCAAGGGGCCCACGGAGAUGCACCCGUACGGCUACGCACGCGACCGGUUCAUCUGGUCGCUCAUAUCGGCUGUGGGCAUCUUUUUUCUGGGGGCGGGCGCCUCCUUCAUCCACGGGGUGCACACACUCAUGGAGCACCGCGAGCUGGAGCACAUGGCCUGGAACUACGGAGUGCUGGCCAUCUCGGGUGUGCUGGAGGGCUACAGCCUGUGGGUGGCGACCAAGGUGGUGGUGGCGGGUGCACAGAGCAAGCGCAUGGGGCUGCUGCAGUACAUCCGCAGCGGCAUGGACCCCACCACAGUGGCGGUGAUGCUGGAGGACGGCGGCGCGGUGCUGGGGCUGGCCAUCGCCGCCGCCUGCACCGCACUGGCGCACGCCACAGGCAACGCCAUGUGGGAUGCCGCGGGCUCCAUCCUGGUUGGCUGCCUGCUCGGCGCCAUCGCCACAUUCCUGGUGCAGAAGAACCGGCAGCUGCUCAUUGGCAGGUCCAUGGCCCCCGCCGACGUGGCGGCGGUGCAGUCGCUCCUGCGCGCCGACCCGGUGGUUCAGUACGUCACGGACACCAAGACGGAGGAGAUCGGCGCGGGCAUGUACCGCUUCAAGGCCGAGGUGGCCUGGGACGGAGACCAGGUGGUGGGCAGGUACCUGGACAGGUGCGGCCGCGACCAGCUGCUGGGGCGGCUGCAGGCGGCGGCGGCGGCCAACGACCGCGCGGCACUGGAGGCGCUGGUGCAGUCGUACGGCCGGGAGCUGAUCAGCGCGGUGGGGGCGGAGGUGGACCGCAUCGAGGGCGAGAUACAGAAACUCAACCCGGGCAUCCUGUAUGUGGACUUGGAGACGGACCGAGGCCGGCACGACUCCUGGCGGCGCGGCGCCAUCUCACUCGGGCUCGACAACGGCGGCGGUGGCAGCAGCAGUGGCGGCGCCAGCAGCGGUGGCAGCACUAGCGGCGCUGGCGGUAGCCGGGCGGACGCGGACCCUGCCAGCAGCAGCAGUGGCGGCGGCGGCGACAAUGGCAGCGGUCCCGGCGGCGUGGCGGGUGCUACGUCGGCUGCGGUGUCCCAGGCAUCCACAUCGGCGCCGUUAUCCGGGGGCCCGCAGCAACAACAAGCACGGCAGUACAGCAGCAGCACCGUUGACAGCAACUGUAGCAGCAGUAGCAGCAGCGGUGCCGGGCUCGGUCUCAGCGGCUACAGCGACGCAGGGUCCGGGGAGCGAUGGGCGGGGCCGGUGGGCACCAGUGCCAGCAGUGACCGCAGCAGCGGCGGCGGCGGCGGGGCACCUGAAGAGCCAGGCAGCUCGACGGUAGGCGUGUGGGCAGGUUGCCGCGUCGGCGGCGGGCCGUCCGGAUUGGAGCUCGACUUGACGCAGGACCGAUGGGGGUCUGGGUCAGGGUCCGGGUCGCGGCCGGCAGCAGGCGCAGCAGCAGGAGCGACGAGCGGUGCACGAGACGGCGGGGCGGGGCCAGGCCAGGCGGCGGCGUGGCUGGAGCGGCCUGGAGGCGGCGACGUUACCGCAGGCAGCAACGGCCGCGUUAGCGGCGGCGGCCGUGGAGGAAUGACUCUAGACCUGGGGGGUGAUGUGCACCCGGGUGUGGCGGGUGCGAGCGUGGGGGCGGGCGUGCCGCUGUCCUCGUCAAAUGCGGCUUUCUUCGGACAGGAGCGGCAGCGGUGAGGGAGCAGCAUGCCGUGUCAGCGAGUCAAUGACCUGAGGUGGACGGAUGCGGCCAGCGGCCUGAUACGGAUGACGUUAAAUUGAAUGGCACUUUUUGCGCAUUGUUAAGUGCUCGUAUCUUGUGCGGGUGGGCGUCUUACAUGCCGGAGUCUCUGGCAUCGCCGGUUGGCAGGCCACAACGGAGCCUGCUUGACGUACGGUACGGCCGCAUUGUGUUUCGCCGGAGGAGGGGUAGCAGGACUAAGCGGGCUGCGCCUGCUGGGUUCCUGCCGGUCUAAUCUACCGGCGUAACUGAAGGAAGUGCUUUGUGGCUCGUGCUUUCGGGUGUGGGGGCUACGAAAGCUCGAG